GUGGAGCAGCACUGAGGGCUGAUGGGAAUUCAGUCUUUGGUGCUGGUGAAGGUGUUGUGUGGAUGAACAGAGUCGAGUGCAGAGGGAAUGAGAUUCACCUGUGGGACUGUCCUCUCUCCCUGAAAAACCACACUGACUGCUCCCACAAAGAGCACGCUGGACUCACCUGUGCAGAUUUGUCAGUGUCCUCUUCUCCUGCCACAACAACAUCAGCUUCUCGUCCAGUUUCUCCUCCAGUGCGCUCAACAUCAGUCUCUCCUCCACAAACUCUCUCCGUCCCCCCAGUGCUUGUGAUUGUUCUGGGAGUUGUGCUCUUACUGCUCUUAGUGCCACUGCUUAUACUGAUUCAGCAGAACAGAGUGAUGAGGAGAGCUCUCUCUAAGAGGAGACACAAGAUGAAGACUGAGGCCGUUUAUGAGGAGAUUCAGCACAGAUCCAAUAACAGACACAGUCUCUUCACUCAGAGGGGAAGUGUCCUUUCUGGAGAACAGCAUUCUGGGUAUGAAGAUGCUGAUGAGCUUCUUUCAGCAAACUCUGCAGAAAGAGCAGACUCUGCAGAAAGAACCAAACCUGAAUACCAUAAUGAUUUCUCCAGCACUAAAGGCCCAACAGAAAAGCAACAAAUCACAUCAGAGAACUAUGAUGAUGUCAUCACUUCUGGACUGAGACAUGCUACAGAUGACUUGCCAGAAAACUACGAUGACGUCAUCAUCAUACGACAAUUCUCCAAUGAUAAAGCAGAGGGUGUUCAGGAGGAGUAUGAUGAUGUGAAGAAUGUCAGAGAAUAUAUGAGUGACAUGUUUGACUAUGAUGAUGUGGAGGAGGAUCCAGGAAAACAGACAGGAGCUGUUUAACUCAAACCUCACACACUGCAUCAGAUCCUUUUAAAGCUUUUAAAGUUUUAGCAAUCUUACUAUAUGUGUUUCAGUUGAAGUCUACAAUUGCAAUUUUUGACAGAAAAAAAAAAUGCUUUGCUUUCAUGACCUUUUCGAAAGGUGCUUGACUUUUUCCAGACGCUGUUACAGAUCUUUUUUAUUAUGUAUCCUUAAGAAUUCGAGAGAACAAAAACCUGUCAUUUUCUGACAUUGAAUGACUUUGUAUAAACAUAAUUGUGUUGAGUUCAGAUCGUUCAUCAUUCAGCUGCCACCCAUCAUUAAUGGAUUACAAUAUCUUCAACUUAAUAGUAUCAUAAUAUGAAAUAUCAAAAUAUCAUUCACUGAUGGUUCUGUUAAUAUUUUGUUAAAGGACAUUAGAAUGUUUAGGGGACCGAGAGCUCAACCCGCUGC